UCCACUCAGCUAGCAGACUUAUUGAGGAUACCGGUUACAAUGGUGCAGAUCAAAUUCCUGUUCGCUUUCCUCGCUGUGGUGACAAUGGUUGUCCUGGCCGCCAACACUGCCGAAGCCAAAGAUUGUCUGUCUGGAGCUUUCAAAGGUGGUUGCUUCGCUUGGAGCAGAGAACGCUGCAGGCGAAUUUGCAUGGAGUCAGGAAGACCCAGCGGACAUUGCAGUCCCAGCAUGAAGUGUUGGUGCGAAGGAUGUUAAGGCCACUUCCUUAAAAAGUAUACAAUGCUUUCAUAGUAAUCAAAAGAAAACUCUUA